AAAUUCGGGGCCGAACUUGAAGACACGAUGCAGUGACUUUAAACUCGCGCGAUCUUGGCGUUUUCAUUAGAAUACACUUUUUUUUAUAAUAUUGUUUUCGGAGCGCGAAACCCACCGAGAUGUUUCCGGCGUCUUUGGUGACUUUGGCGACGUUCCUUCUGGACCUGUCCAGUUCUUCCGCCGUGUACAGCAUGCAGCCGGCUUUCAUAACCGCCAACAUAGGUUCCUCGAAUGGCAGGAACAUCAGGAACCUGCCGUGCGUGUCAAGGAAAAACAACGCGCUGACCGGCGUGUGCAUGUUCGCAAUCGACUGCCUGAAAGCCAACGGCACCCAUCUAGGUACCUGCAUCGACAGGUUUUAUUUCGGUUCCUGUUGCCACGUGGAGCCUCACCACGACAUCGUGGACAACAGUAUCGACACCGAGAUCAUAGACGUGAGGGAGCCACCAGAACGGCUUCACAACACCACACUUGCGCUUCUGGGUAACUCCAGUACCACCUCCAACGAAUCUACCUCUACGCAAAUACCUUUUGAAACGAAAAAACCCACAUUCACCGUCAGUAACGGCAUCAUUACGAGAAUAAAUUCUACAGUAGCGACACCCGGUUCUGGUACCACUACACCGACACCAGACAAACUCCAGACCUUCCAAAUGGUCAAUGGUGAAGCGACCACCUUGAAAAUUCCAUCAACUACCACCGUAAAAAUUAGCAAACCUCCAAAAACCACGGCCGUUCCCUCCAAACCGUCAACAGCGAGCCGGCCUAAACCUACCACUGCCAAACCUAGUCCGACAUCGCCCUCUAAACCGACCAAGACAACCAAACCCACACCGAAGCCUACAAAACCCAGUAAAACUUCAACGACAACAAAGAAGCCCUACACUACAACUUCUAGGAGUACUACCAGUAAAAAACCGACCACAACGAAACCGACGAAGAAAUACACCCGACCCAGUACGAUCACGACAGUUUACAUUGCAGUGUUUACCACCAAAACGCCCUUGAACACCACCAGGAAGCCUACCACGCCUACCAAAACCACGAGCAUACCCUUCUCCACGGUAUCAGGUCAAAGCAGUACCGCAGCGAUUCCAAACGUUACGCAACCGCCAUUAACCCAGCAGAACGUUUCUGUAGUGACCAAUUUGACAUCAGGGGUGGUAGUCGAAACUGCUGGUAUUCUGACGGUGACCAACGCAAACUCCACAGUAUCGACAACCACUUUUAAGCCUGCGUUGGUUACUUGGACGCUUGAAGACAGCAAGAACGAAACUGUACAGGCAGCCAACGGUACUCAAAAUAACGUUACUCAGGGUUGGAUACCACUCACUACUCCCGACGGUUGGGUACUCCUGCCCAGCGUUACGCCUCUCACGCCUGCAUCGGGCAAUGAAAGUCUAACUUCAAACGUUAACCAAUCGUAUUCCACGACGACCGCCAUAUCAUCAACCGUUUCACCAGAAACUACUUCAGCUUCUGGGGUAAGCACAUUUCCUUGGCCGACGCUGACACCGUCACAAGAAGGUGCCACGGAAGCAAUGGAAACUACUACCGAUAAGGAAAAAACGACCACUUCAAUUCCUGCAGUCGGUGGGUCGACUGACGGUGGGACUACGAUGAUGACCACCAGCGGAGCUGCAGCCAACGUAUCCACUGAAGAACCGCUGCCCAAGCCUGUCAACAUGAGCGAUUUUACUGACGUGUGCGGGCGCCGGAUGUAUCCCGAAGCGAGGAUAGUGGGCGGGGAAAAGUCGACCUUCGGCAGGUGGCCCUGGCAGAUAUCCCUGCGGCAGUGGAGGACUUCGACGUACCUUCACAAGUGCGGGGCGGCGUUGCUUAACGAGAACUGGGCGAUCACGGCUGCCCAUUGCGUCGAUAACGUACCGCCGAGCGACCUUCUGCUACGCUUAGGGGAAUACGACCUAUCGACGGAGGGGGAACCGUACCUCCACCAGGAACGUCGCGUUCAAAUAGUCGCUUCGCAUCCUCAAUUCGAUCCCAGUACUUUCGAGUACGACCUCGCCCUGCUGAGGUUCUACGAACCGGUACACUUCCAACCGAACAUUCUGCCGGUGUGCGUACCUAAAAGCGAUGAAAAUUUCGUCGGCAGAACCGCCCACGUCACGGGAUGGGGGAGACUCUACGAGGACGGACCGUUGCCGAGCGUUCUCCAAGAGGUGUCUGUACCCAUCAUCAACAAUUCGGUUUGCGAGUCGAUGUACAGGUCGGCGGGUUAUAUCGAACACAUCCCCCACAUAUUCAUCUGCGCGGGGUGGCGCAGGGGUGGUUUCGAUUCCUGCGAGGGCGAUUCAGGCGGUCCUAUGGUUAUCCAGCGCGACGACAAGAGGUUUCAACUGGCCGGUAUCAUUUCCUGGGGGAUAGGAUGCGCAGAACCCAACCAACCGGGGGUUUACACCAGAAUCAGCGAAUUCAAGGACUGGAUCAACCAAAUACUGCAAUUCUGAUCGGCCAAAAGGAAGAAGAGCGAAAAUACUCACUAGAGGAGGAACGAUGAUAUAUACGACCACGUCGCACCCAACCACCUCUCCGCCGCACGGCGAAGAUUGUGAUAUUAAUGUGUCGAUCUACCCAAAAAAAGGCUCAAAAUGAUCGCGAGAAGUCUAGAAACUCGUUAUCCGAGAACCGAAAGACUCGCCCAUGUAAAAUAUACAUAAUAGAUAAGUAAUUUAUUAUUUAGAGCGAGAUAGUUAUGUUUAAAUUAAUAAUUAGGCUACCCUCUAUGCCCGUCCGAACUUAUUGUUGUACUUAACAAUCUUUGUUUGUAAAUACCGGUGCCUGUGACUUAAUUUUUUUUUGUAUA